AUGGCUUCCUCACCGAGCAUGCUCACAAAAUUUGAGUCCAAGUCGUCGAGAGCGAAGGGCAUAGCAUUUCAUCCGAAGAGGCCUUGGAUCCUCGUUUCAUUACAUUCCUCGACUAUUCAACUAUGGGACUAUCGCAUGGGCACGUUGAUCGAUCGGUUCGAAGAGCACGAUGGACCGGUACGAGGAAUCGAUUUCCAUCCUACACAACCACUGUUCGUUUCCGGAGGAGAUGAUUAUAAGAUCAAAGUGUGGUCGUAUCAGACGAGGCGUUGCUUGUUUACCUUGAAUGGUCACCUUGACUACGUCCGAACUGUUUUCUUCCACCAUGAGCUACCCUGGAUCCUGUCUGCAUCCGACGAUCAGACUAUACGAAUAUGGAAUUGGCAAAAUAGAUCGCUGAUCUGCACAAUGACUGGUCACAACCACUACGCCAUGUGCGCGCAAUUCCACCCCAAGGAGGAUUUGAUUGUAUCCGCUUCUCUGGAUCAGUCGGUAAGAGUAUGGGACAUCUCUGGGUUGAGAAAGAAGCACUCGGCUCCUACCUCAAUGAGCUUCGAAGAUCAGAUGGCCAGGGCGAACCAGCAACAGGCCGACAUGUUUGGAAACACAGAUGCUGUCGUCAAGUUUGUACUCGAAGGUCACGAUCGAGGUGUCAAUUGGGUCGCUUUUCAUCCAACACUGCCCCUGAUUGUCUCUGCUGGAGAUGAUAGACUCAUCAAGCUCUGGCGUAUGAGCGAGACAAAAGCUUGGGAAGUUGAUACAUGUAGAGGCCACUUCCAGAAUGCCUCGGCUUGCUUGUUUCAUCCACACCAAGACUUGAUCCUUUCAGUUGGUGAGGACAAGACUGUUCGAGUCUGGGAUCUCAACAGAAGGACAGCUGUACAAUCUUUCAAAAGAGAAAACGACCGAUUCUGGGUUAUCGCUGCCCAUCCCGAAAUCAACCUUUUUGCUGCUGGCCACGAUAAUGGUGUCAUGGUCUUCAAGCUUGAGCGUGAGAGACCUGCCUCAUCGCUGUAUCAGAACACCCUCUUCUACGUCACCAAGGACAAGCACGUCAAGUCCUACGACUUCACCAAGAACGCCGAAUCCCCUUCCUUACUCUCCUUACGCAAAUUCGGUAACAGCUGGGUACCACCACGAACAUUAUCCUAUAAUCCCGCAGAAAGAUCAAUACUGGUGACCUCACCUGUCGACAACGGUACUUACGAACUCAUAGGUCUACCCAAGGAUGCUAUAGGCGCAUCGGAUCCCACAGACAUGAAGAAAGGCACUGGCACUUCUGCCGUUUUCGUCGCUCGCAACAGGUUCGCUGUAUUCAGUACUGCGACACAGAACAUUGAUAUCAAGGACCUAAGCAACUCAACCACAAAAUCUUUCAAGGCACCUUCUGGUACGACAGACGUCGUCUUCGGCGGCACUGGCUGUAUUCUUUGUCUCACACCAACACAUGUGGUACUCUACGAUAUACAGCAGAAGAAGCAGUUAGCCGAGCUGGCUGUAGCUGGUGUGAAGUAUGUCUCAUGGUCGAACGAUGGCAUGUACGCUGCACUUCUUAGCAAACACAACGCCACCAUAAUCACCAAAUCGUUGGAACAAGUAAGCACGUUACAUGAGACCAUCCGAAUCAAAAGCGCCACCUGGGACGAUUCCGGGGUCCUGCUCUACUCCACACUCAAUCACAUCAAAUACACCCUUCUCAAUGGAGAUAAUGGUAUUGUGAGGACACUCGACCAAACCAUGUAUCUGGUCAAGGUCAAAGGUAGAAGCGUCUAUUGCUUGGAUCGCGCAGCGAAGCCACGGGUACUCACCAUCGACCCUACCGAAUAUCGGUUCAAGCUUGCCCUGGUCAAGCGAAACUAUGACGAAAUGCUGCAGAUUAUCAAGACUUCGAGCCUCGUUGGACAGAGCAUAAUCUCAUACCUGCAAAAGAAGGGCUACCCGGAAAUUGCCCUCCAAUUUGUACAAGACCCACAAACGCGUUUUGAGCUGGCCAUCGAAUGUGGCAAUCUUGAAGUGGCUACAGAAAUGGCCAAGCAAAUCGACAAACCCAAACUCUGGCAACGACUCGGGUCGGAAGCUCUAAUACACGGCAACCAUCAAAUUGUCGAAAUGACAUAUCAGAAAAUGCGCAACUUCGACAAACUAUCUUUUCUGUACUUGUGCACCGGUGAUGGUGAAAAGCUGACUCGUAUGGCUAAGAUUGCUGAGCAUCGUGGUGAUUUUGUUUCUCGAUUUCAGAAUGCACUUUAUCUCGGUGAUGUGGAAAGUAGGAUACAAAUGUUCAAGGAAAUCGACCUUUACCCAUUAGCGUAUCUGACGGCGAAAUCGCACGGUCUCGUCGAAGAGUGCGAAACGAUCCUCGAGAUGACUGGUCUGACUGACGCCGAGAUCUCAAUGCCAAGUGUUGAGGGAGGGCUCAAGGCUCCUAGUGCUGUUGCACCAACUUUCAAAUCAAAUUGGCCUGUCAAGGAAGCCGCACAUUCGUCUUUCGAGAAAGCACUUCUAGGCGAGGUUAGUGGCCCAGUUGACGAUGCUGAACCAAACCUAUUAGAGGAAGACCUACCCGUUGCGACCCGCGAUCAAGAUGGCGUUGUUGCAGGCGAUGACGAAGACCCUGGCGAUGCUUGGGAUAUGGGUGAUGACGCCGGGCUCGAGCCUGCAGGCGAUGAUUCCGAUUUUGUCAAUGUAGACAACCCUGAUGUGCCUACUGAUACUACAGGUCCAGGCACUUCAGAGGCAGAUAUCUGGUCGAGGAACUCUCCACUCGCAGCAGAUCACGUUGCCGGCGGCUCAUUCGAUUCUGCCAUGCAGCUGCUAAACAGACAAGUCGGUGCAGUCUCUUUUACGCCUCUGAAACCAAGAUUCAUGGAGAUCUACCAAGCAUCGCGAACAUUCUUGCCUGCCAGUACAGGCUUGACAUCAAUCGUCAAUCAUGUCCGAAGAAAUAUCGACGAAAUAGAUUCACGCAAAGUAUUACCAAUCAUACCACGAAAUCUUGAAUCCUUAACGUCAAACGACUUGCAGGAAGGUUACGUCGCAAUGCGUACCAACAAACUUGAAGACGGUGUAGUCAUCUUCAAACGCAUGUUGCAGGCACUGCUUGUCAAUGUGGUCAGCUCACAGUCGCAAGUCGACGAUGCCAAAGCCCUAAUAACAAAAUCGAUGGAAUAUGCCCUAGCUAUGAACAUUGAGCUUGAGAGAAGAACACUAGCAGCCUCUAGCGGGGAAGGUGAUCUUAAGAGACAACUAGAGCUUUCCGCUUACUUCACAGUGCCUAAGCUCGAUGUCUCACAUCGUCAAUUGGCUCUGAUGGCAGCGAUGAGGUUGGCUUUCACAAACAAGCAGUAUUCCAGCGCUCUGUCCUUCGCCAAUAGAGUCUUGGCGAACAAUAGUGGCGCAGCCAAACUUCUCGAUCAGGCCAAGAAAACCAAACAACAAGCAGAACGAGCUGGUUCGCAGGACCAGAUCGACAUUGAAUACGACCAAUUCGCCGAUUUUGAUAUCUGUGCUGCUUCUUACACACCCAUAUAUAGCGGAAGUCAGAGUGUGAGCUGUCCCUACGAUGGCUCAAAGUAUCAAACAGAGUACAAAGGACAAACUUGCAGAGUAUGUGAAGUCUGUGAGAUUGGUGCUGCGGCCAGUGGGUUGAGGCUUUGGGUGAAAGGACUGCAAUGA